AUGAAGCUCAAACUCAAGACCAGCGCCGCCCCAAGCGAUGCGCCUCAAGAGGCUCCCCCAUCGAAUGCGCCCACGCCCGUUACCGCGAAGCCAGGCGGCCUCAAAAUCAAACUCAAACCAGUAGCACCCCCAUCCGGCGAGGCGACAGACAGCCAGAAUGGUGACACAACCAAAGUUAAGCGCAAAUACACCAAGAAGCCCAAAAUCGAUGAAAGCGGCAACGUCAUUCCCCCAGGAAAGCCUGGACCAAAGAAAAGAGUCCGGGAAGAGGGUGAUGAUGUCGAUUCACCCGCCGCCAAGCGCAAGCCAAAGCCCACUGCGAAGAGCCUCGCUAUGGCCAAUGACAGCGACGAGGACGACUUCACUGCUAUCGAACAAGCACCCCCUCAACCCAAACUUCACAACCGCACCCAAUCUAUCAAGUUAUCUAUCAAGCCGAAGGGUGGUCUGAAUGCACCACAGCGCACUAGUACUGCUAUUCUCAAGGUCAAGGGCGCAGGAAAGCCUCCGGUUAGACCAUAUGGUGUCGGCUAUGACAGCGAGGCGGAAGAGGCAGAAGUCGACCCGGCCAUUGAGUCCCAAUUCGUCUUGCGAAUGAAACCAGGCCCCGACUGCGAUUUACUGCGAAAGUCCAUCGAGGAGAAGACUAUCGGCAAGAGUGUAUCACAGGGGGGCCCUGGUGUCCACUUCCGGUUCUUCGAUCGCGAGGGUCGCCGCGCUAUGCUCACCAUACAAAACCGCAUAUAUGCCGCCACUAUGGUCGAACUACCCGCCGUCAUCGAAUCGUUGAAGAGUUGGAACAAAAAGGACUGGGUCAAGACCGCCGACGUCUGUCAAAUGCUCCUAGUCUUGGACGAAGUUAAGAACGAGGAGGAAGCAAAAAAGUACCCUCUCCCAUCAUACAUCUCCCCUGACACCCACCGGUUCCCUCAUGGUCUCACACCGCCUAUGAAGUGGGCCCGUAAGCGACGUUUCCGACCUCGCAAAUCAUACAUUGAUGUCGAGCGAGCCGAAGCACAAAUGAACCGAUUGUUGGCCGAGGACGAAAAUGCUCAUGCAACCAAGUUUGAAAUGGUGGAUAGUGAAGCCGAGAGCUCUGAAGAGUCAAGCUCCGAAGAGGAGGUCGAUGACGAGGAGAUGGUGGAUGCUCCCCAAGUCGAAGAGAUGGACGCCGACGCUCUCGAACAGAUGCUUGCCGAGGGGCUCAUGGACGACGAAGUCGAGUUGCAAGGCGACAACGAUCAGAUCAAUGCAUUGCUGAAUGGUUCCAACAACAUUGAAGUUGAACAAGUUGGUACUCCUACCACUGCUCACGAUGUGGCCAUGCAUGUGCUCAGUCAGAAUGGCAAUGCGGUUGUGGAAACCGAGACCGCAGCUUCCACACCGGCAGCCGCGACAUCUGCAGACGACAACGAUGACGACGACGAUGAUGCUGAUUCCGACGACGACGUGGAUGAAGUGGAUGAGGCUGCCGCUGCUGAGGAACAGCGCCAAGAGCAGCUCAGGACUGAAAUUGCGGAACUAGAAAAGGCCAUCCAGCAGAGCACCGAGCAGCGCGACAGGCAGACCAACACUCUCUUCAAGAAACGUGUGCAGACACAGAUUGAUAAGCAGAAGAACGAUUUGGCCAUCAAGCGUAAGCAGCUAAAUGAGGAGGCUGAUGAGUAA